AUCAAAUACCUGGUCGGUGGGUCGGUCCCUCUCUUUUCAGUUGAAAGAAAAAGAUAUAGAAAAGCAAGGUGCAGAAAGAGAAAGUGCGGGAAAGUGCGAGAAAAAGCGAAAGUAAAUUUUAGUUGACGGAUUUCCACUACACAACUCAACCAGAUUGCGGAAUUUAGGUUUUUAUGCUACUAGGUUGGUGAUUGGACUCCGGAGAUGGCGAGCCCGGUCACUCCUAGUACGGGUAGACCUUUAUCGAUAACGCCUGGUGCCAGGGUUUUGAAGACCCCACUCAGCGACGAGACUAUCUGGAAACGGCUCAAGGAGGCAGGGUUUGAUGAGGACUCCAUUAGAAUAAGAGACAAAGCUGCUCUCAUAGCUUAUAUCGCGAAACUUGAAUCUGAGAUCUUUGACCUUCAACACCACAUGGGUCUUCUCAUAUUGGAAAGAAAUGAUUUUACUUCAAAAUUUGAGCAGAUCAAAGCCUCUUCUGAAGCAGCUGAACUAAAACAAAAGCGUGAUCAAGCUGCACACUUGUCUGCUUUAGCUGAAGCAAGAAAACGAGAAGAAAGUUUAAAGAAGGCUUUGGGAGUUGAGAAAGAGUGUAUGACAAGUAUUGAGAAGGCCUUGCAUGAGAUGCGUGCUAAAUCUGCUGAAACCAAGUUUGCUGCUGAAUGUAAAUUGGCUGAUGCAUGUAGUAUGGUUGAAGAUGCGCAGAAAAAAUACAUGGAUUCUGAGGCAAAACUGCUUGCUGCAGAAGCUUUACAAGCAGAAGCUAGCCAGUAUCGUCGAGCUGCAGAAAGAAAGCUCCAGGAAGUUGAAGAACGUGAAGAUGAUCUUGGCAGGCGUGUCACCGCUUUCAAAGCUGAUUGUGAUGCAAAAGAGAAGGAGAUUGUUAUUGAGAGACAAACUUUGAGUGAGAGACAGAAAGUUCUGCACCAGGAACAUGAAAGGUUACUUGAUGGACAAGCUUUGCUCAAUCAGAGGGAGGAUUAUGUUGCUAGCAAAUGUCAAGAGCUAAAUCGUCUGGAAAAGGAGUUGGAGAACUCAAAAACAAGGAUUGAGAAGGAACUUAGAGACUUGCAUGACAAGAAAUCCAACUUGGAGCUGACUGUGGCUUCCUCAACUCAAAGAGAAGCAGUUAUAUUUUCAAUUUUUUAAAUAUCAGUGUGAAUUGCUGUCCUAUUAAAUUGUUCCUGAGUUUCUUGAAAAAAAAAUAUUUAUUUCAGUUUUCUUUUGGGUGAAUGUAGGCUGUUAUUGAGAGGGAAGCUCUACUAAACAAGAGAGAGCAAGAGUUACUUGAUUUUCAAGAAAAACUGACAGGCAAGGAAUCUGUUGAAAUUCGGAAAGUUAUUGCCAAUCAUGAGAUUGUUCUGAAAACAAGAAAGUCAGAAUUAGAAGCUGAGUUGGAGAUGAACUGCAAAUUGGUGGAAGAUGAAAUUGAGGCCAAGAGACGAGCUUGGGAAUUGAGGGA